AUGCGCUUACCCUCCUUGAUUGCCUGCCUCGGUGCAGUCGGUAUUCAGGGUGCUGCUAUAUCCCGGUUUAGCAGACAAGUAUCAAAUGAUACUGAGCCUGCAUCAAACAUAAGCAGCAUCCAAGGAAUUGCUGCUAUCACAGAUGGAUACUGGUUAAAUGAUCUCUCUGGCAAUGGAAGGGCUGCCUUCAACGGUAAUAGCGCUUACAAAGUCUUCCGCAACGUCAAGGAAUACGGCGCGAAGGGUGACGGUGUUACCGAUGAUUCCGAUGCAAUCAACCGUGCUAUUUCCGACGGGAACCGUUGCGGUCCCGGCGUGUGUGACUCGGCCACUGAUUCCCCAGCCGUGGUCUACAUCCCUUCUGGAACUUACCUCAUCAGCAAACCCAUCAUCUUCUAUUACAUGACACAACUCAUCGGUAACCCUCGAGGUCUCCCUGUUUUGAAGGCUGCUCCUACUCUCCAAGCUCUUGCUCUCAUCGACGCUAGUCCUUAUGGCAGCAACGGUAACGCUGGCUGGACGUCAACUAACAUCUUUCUACGACAAAUCCGUAAUUUGGUCAUCGAUGGCACCGCUGUUGCACCUACCAAUGGCUUCCAGGGUAUCCACUGGCCUGCCUCGCAAGCUACAACUAUCCAGAAUGUCAAGAUCCGCAUGACCCAGGCGUCAGACUCGGUACAUGCUGGUAUCUUCGUUGAGAACGGAUCUGGUGGCCACAUGGCUGACCUUGAUAUUGAAGGUGGUUUAUAUGGUAUGAACAUUGGAAACCAGCAGUUCACCAUGCGCAAUGUCAAGAUCUCCAAGGCUGUCACCGGUAUCUCUCAGAUCUGGGACUGGGGCUGGUUGUACUCCGGUCUUUCAAUUAGCGACUGUGGAACCGCCUUCUCCAUGAGCAAUGGUGCCGCCGCCAACAAACUCGAGGUCGGCUCUGUUGUCAUUAUCGACUCUGAGAUCACCAACUGUCAGAAGUUUGUCGAUAUGGCGUGGACAAGGACCAGUCAGCCUAUUGGUGCUGGCCAGCUGAUACUCGAGAACAUCAAGCUCAACAAUGUGCCAAACGCUGUUGUAGGCAACGGAGCCACUGUCCUCCCAGGUGGAACGCUCACUAUCCAAGCUUGGGGUCAGGGCAACAAGUACGCUCCCAAUGCGAACGGUCCAGAGAAAUUCCAGGGAAACAUCUCUCCUGUCGCUCGACCAGGAAGUCUUUUGGAUGGUGGCAAGUACUAUUCCAAGUCGAAGCCGCAGUACGAGAACCUCGGUACUGGUGACUUCAUCAGUGCUCGUGGUAGUGGAGCCACAGGUGACGGUCGUACCGACGACACCAGGGCUGUACAGGAUGCCAUCACCAGGGCCGCUGCUCAAAACAAGGUUCUCUUCUUCGAACAUGGCGUUUACAAGGUCACAAACACCAUUUACGUCCCGCCAGGCUCCCGAAUGGUCGGUGAGACCUUCUCUGCUAUCAUGGGCUCAGGUGCCACAUUCGGCAACAAAGACAGCCCUGUACCCAUCAUGCAGAUUGGCAAACCCGGCGAGAGCGGUCACAUCGAAUGGUCUGAUAUGAUUGUGCAAACCCAAGGUGCUACUCCAGGAGCUAUUGUCAUCCAAUACAACCUCAACAGCGACCGUGGCUCCGGCGUCUGGGAUGUUCACACCCGUAUCGGAGGUUCCAAAGGUACCAAUCUGCAGGUUGCUCAAUGCCCUGCCACUGUUGGAUCCGUCAAUCAGCAAUGCAUGGCUGCACAUACCAACGUGCACGUUACCAAGGGCGCGAACGGAGCUUAUUUUGAGAACAACUGGUUCUGGACAGCAGAUCAUGAUUUGGAUGAUGCACGAUCCACACAAAUCUCCAUCUUCACCGGACGCGGACUGCAUAUCGAAGCGCAAAACGUGUGGCUAUGGGCUAACGGCGUGGAGCAUCAUGCGCUAUACCAGUACCAAUUCAACGACGCAUCGAACAUCUUCGCGGGCUUCAUCCAAACGGAAACCCCGUAUUAUAUGCCCACACCUGAUGCCUCGAACCAGCCCUACGGCAGGUCCGACGCUUUCUCGGACCCCGUCUACCCAUCUGGUGCAUCAGCCUAUGGUCUCCGCGUGCUCAGAUCCAAGAAUGUGCUCAUCUACGGUGGCGGCUUGUACUCCUUCUUCCGCAACUACAAUGUCGGAUGUUCAAGCGCUGACGCACCAAAUGGGUUCCGCAACUGCCAGAGUCGUGUCUUCUCUAUCGAGGGUGCUAGCAGUGUGCAGGCUUUUGCACUGAGUGAGGUGGGUAGCGAAUUUAUGGUUACAGUUGAUGGGGUCGACAAGGCCAAGUGGAGUGACAACCUAAGUGUGUACUCGAACACUAUCGGGUGGCUCGGAUACGGAUUCUAG